CCCCGUGCCCUCGGCGCCGUCGCCUGCCACGCCGGCCCGGUGCCCGCUCGUACGCGCACUCACACCCGCACUCACGCUCGCACUCACACGCGCACCCGGACUCGCACACACGCCCCCACGCCCACUGCUGCCCGCUCGCCCCGCGGCCUGCCCAUGGCUGACCUGAGCUUCAUCGAAGAUUCCGUCGCCUUCCCGGAGAAGGAGGAGGAUGAGGAGGAAGAGGAGGAGGGCGUGGAGUGGGGCUACGAGGAAGGUGUCGAGUGGGGCUUGGUGUUUCCUGAUGCAAACGGGGAAUACCAGUCUCCUAUUAACCUCAACUCGAGAGAAGCGAGAUACGACCCUUCGCUGCUGGACGUCCGCCUCUCCCCAAAUUACGUGGUCUGCCGAGACUGCGAAGUCACCAACGAUGGACACACCAUUCAGGUUAUCCUCAAGUCAAAAUCAGUUCUAUCCGGAGGACCAUUGCCUCAAGGGCAUGAAUUUGAACUCUACGAAGUUAGAUUUCACUGGGGGAGAGAAAACCAGCGUGGCUCUGAGCACACGGUUAAUUUUAAAGCUUUUCCCAUGGAGGUAGAAUUUACAGCCUUGGGAGAGUUUAAUGAGAUCAGGGGAGUCUGUGAUCUGUGUUCUUUGCUCCGUAGUCAGAUCAAGUUUCCAGACCACAUGUUCAGAUUGGUCUGGCUCCUUGCUGGCGUUUUAAUGGCUCCGGUCUAUUUGGCACAGGAACGCAAGCUUCAAGCGGCACAGGAUAUUAGUGAGAUAUUUGCGACUUUGCUGCUACCUGCUGUUACUGAGUCCACUUUCUCCUGUAGCUGGGUUGGGCUCCACACAGGAAAAGUCAUUAUGGAAUUCUU